GGUCUCUGUAAUUUACUUUUUUUUUUUUCUUAUUCUCUCUCUAUCGAAGCGAAAAGGAGAAGAAAGAAAAACUGAAGGAAAUUCAGUAAAUCAAAGCUUCUUCAGUAUCAGCAGCAACCUAGAGCAGUUCAUUUGAGCCUUUUGAGGUCUUUUCUUGAUAAUGACUUACACAGCAAUUGAUACUUUUUACUUGACGGAUGAGCAAUUGAAGAACUCACCUUCUAGGAAAGAUGGCAUAGAUGAAGCAACUGAAACAACCCUUCGAAUAUAUGGCUGUGAUCUAAUCCAGGAAAGCGGCAUUUUACUCAAAUUGCCUCCAGCAGUAAUGGCUACAGGGCAGGUUCUAUUUCAUCGUUUCUACUGUAAGAAGUCAUUUGCCCGUUUCAAUGUGAAGAGGGUUGCUGCUAGCUGUGUUUGGCUUGCUUCAAAGCUGGAAGAAAGCCCUAGAAAAGCAAAGCAGGUUCUCAUUGUAUUCCAUAGAAUGGAGUGCAGGAGGGAGAAUUUACCCAUAGAACAUUUGGAGAUCUUUUCUAAGAAAUAUUCAGAGUUGAAGAUGGAUUUGAACAGAACAGAUAGGCACCUAUUGAAGGAGAUGGGUUUCAUCUGCCAUGUUGAACACCCUCAUAAGUUUAUAUCAAACUACCUUGCUACUCUUGAAACACCUCCAGAGUUGAGGCAAGAAGCUUGGAAUCUAGCAAAUGACAGUUUGCGUACAACGUUGUGUGUUCGAUUCAAAAGUGAGGUUGUGGCCUGUGGUGUUGUGUAUGCAGCUGCUCGCAGGUUCCAGGUAUCACUUCCCGAGAACCCACCAUGGUGGAAAGCUUUUGAUGCUGAGAAAUCUGGGAUUGAUGAAGUCUGCAGAGUCUUGGCACACCUUUACAGCCUUCCCAAGGCACAGUACAUACCCGUAUGCAAAGAUGGAGACUCCUUCACAACCUCAAGUAAAACAUGGGAUCCACAAGCUCAACAAAUUCCAAAGGAAGGUACUCCAAAUGGUGCAGCAGCUAAUAAUGACACUGCUAUCCCCAAAGUGUCUGCAGCACCAAAUGCAGACUCCAGUGGGUCCAAGGAUGCUUUGAUAAAAGUGGUCCUUGACAAACUAAAGGAGUCCAAGAAGAGUGAUGAUGAUGGUAAGAGCAUCCUAAUUGAGCGAGAGGUUAGAGAAGAACCCCCUUCAAAGCCUAAGACCGAAUACAGACAAGAGGUGGGUGGAGAAAGGAACAGGGAGAGAGAGAGGGAAAGACAAAAGACCCGAGACCGUGAUCGUGAUAGGGGGAGGGACUCUGACAGGGAACGUGAACGAGAGAAGGAUGUAGAGAGGGAUAGGGAUAAACUUAAGGAGAGAAGCCAUCAUUCCAAGGACAAAGGAAAAGACUCAGGAGGGCAUUCUGAUAAAUCAAGGAAUUAUUCAUCUUGAGAUCGUAGUGACUACCACAGCUCCUCAUAUUCAUCCCGGGAGAAGGAUCGCCACAGACAUCAUCCAUAUGCAUGAACCAGAAGUCUUGUGUGCAUACUUUUGGUUAGGGACCAUACCAUAUCUGUAAUGUGACAUAUUUAUUACAGUAUCAACAGACUGACAAGCUGGUUUUUCCUCUCUGUUUUGCUUAUCUUAAAUAAUAAAUGCGGUUUUGGUAAUAAAGCCACAAACUGACUUGCCUUGGAA